ACUGGCUCUUGCUGGCCAGUCUCUCAUUUCCUUCUCUCCCCCACUAAACGGUUCAACGACUCCGUGGUGCAGAAGACUUUAUAAAACCUUGCUACAAGGCGACCAGUAGGACCAGUUCGCACCGUUGCGUUGCUUCGACAAGUUUCUAUCCGAUCGUCAGAUGGCGUGCACAAGUCCCGUGGUGACCGUGAAACAAGGCCAACUUCGCGGCGUGGUAGACGAGAACAUUUACGGUGGACAACUGCUCGCCUUUCGUGGGAUACCGUACGCGAAACCGCCGAUUGGACCGUUCAGAUUCAAGGAUUGCUUGCCCCCCGAGCCAUGGACCGGAAUCAGAGACGCUUCGGAGUUCGGCGGGAAUUGCGCUCAGAUCGACAUCAUGUUGCACGAAUUAGUUGGAGGUGACGAUUGCCUGUUUCUGAACGUGUUCACCCCGGUGAAUAAGGCACCCUCGAAGCGUGUUGUGAUGGUGUGGAUACACGGCGGUGCCUUUAUGAACGGGUCUGGCGACAGCACAAUUUAUGGGCCCGAUUAUCUCAUCCGCAAGGACAUUGUUCUGGUCACGAUUAAUUACAGAGUUGGCGUCUUGGGUUUCCUUAACUUGGAGCGAGAAUCUGCGCCAGGUAAUCAAGGACUGAAGGAUCAAGUAAUGGCUCUGAAAUGGAUCAAGGAAAAUAUCUCGAGUUUCGGGGGAGAUCCUGAUAACGUAACGAUAUUUGGAGAAAGCGCUGGCGCAGCGUCGGUCCAUUAUCUCACUAUAUCACCAUUGGCUCGAGGAUUGUUUCACAAAGCAAUAUCACAGAGCGGAGUGGCGACGAACCCUUGGGCCAUGGCCAUGGAAAACCCAAUACCGAGAGUUCUCAAGCUGGCAGCGAAACUCGGCAAAGAGACAACCGAUCCUGAAACGGCGCUCGAGUUCCUCAGGACUGUGGACGCGCUAAAACUCGUAACCGCCGACAACCAGUGUCUCACGAAAGAGGAAAAAUACAUUCUAUUCGGAGUGUUUGGCCCGUGCAUCGACGAUAAAUCUCCGAAUCCAUUUCUGCCGCAACAUCCAUCGAUUCUCAUGAAAGCGGCUCCGAAACUGCCCUAUUUGCUCGGUUACAACAGCAACGAAGGAAGUUUGCUGGUUCCCUUGUUGAGGAUCGUGGACGACAUAGAGAAAUGCAAUGCGAAUUUCGAGAUAGUCGUCCAUCCGCAUGUAUUGAAAGCGUUAAAGAAAGACGACAUGUCUGCCACGGAUUUGAAGCGUAUCUAUUUUGGCGAUCAACGGGUCGCUGCGAACACGAUGCAAAAUUAUGCGGAUUUCAUGAGCGAUAUGAUGUUCCUUCAGGAUAUUUUCGAAGUGGUUAAAGUUCUCGCCGAGAAAGACUCCCAGGUCACGUAUUUGUAUAAAUUCACCUACGACACUGGCAACUCGCUAAUGAAACAGAGAUUGAACGUCACUCUGCCAGGAACAACGCAUGCGGAAGAUCUGACUUUUCUGUUCUUCCCGCACUUGAUGAAAUUAAUGAACUUGAGGCCACCGGAACCCGGAACCGAAAAGUACAAAGUCAUAGAGUACUUCACCGAAAUGUGGACCAACUUUGCGAAAACUGGAAAUCCAACUCCAACGACGACAGAGCUGAUCUCAACCAUUUGGAAACCGGUCGGGAAUGGCGACAUAUAUAAUUAUUUAGAGAUCGAUAACAAGCUUCAAAUGAAAGUUGGGAAACGGGAGGAGCACACCUGCGACUGGAAGAGAAUGAAGAAUAAAUUAUGAUGACUACUCCUCGUUAGAUAUUAUUUGUACAUACGUAUUACUGCAACUUUAUUAUUAAUUUUAAUAAUAUAAUUA